CCUUGCUCGCCGCAACGGAAUGGUGGCGGCGGAGGAGGAGGAGGAGCGCGACGCCGCUAUCCCCGAGCCCCUCUCCCUCUUCGCCUCCUGCCUCUCCCAACACAGGUUUGGGGAUCAGGAGCUCCGGGUGCUGGAAGCCGCGCUUUCCGCCGGCGGCGACGUCCCCGCGCUGCUCGCCACGCGCGCAGAGGCCCGGUGUCUGCUUCGAGCGAGCGCGGUGGAGGCGUUCCCCGCCACCGGUCCGGUGGAGGAGGAUGGGAGGAGGUUCGCCACUGCCGAUUUCUUCGCACGCGCCUUCGCCCUCGUCGGCGAUGUCGAGAGCUGCCUUGCUAUGAAGUAUGAAGCCCUGGUUCUGCGAGAGUCUAAAUACUCCGAUGACCAUCAUCUGCAAGUGUCCCAUGACGAGUGGUUAACUUUUGCAAAGGAUUCUCUUGAUAAUGGGUUUUACACCAUUGCGUCCAAGGCUUUUGCAAAUGCUCUUGCGCACAUUCGUCCCAGCCACGCAAGGCACUUGGAUUCCGCUAAUUCAAUCCAGGAGAAGGACAGGAUCAAUAAUAUAACAGGACUCCAAAACUUGGCCAAGUCGUUGUCUGCACAACAUUCUGUCCAGACACAGUCUGCUGAAUACAUGAAAAGGAGAACUUCAGGUGUUCAUGAAAAGUGCAAUUUGCAACCAGGAAAACCAAAACUGCCAGGAAGUUCAAUGUUUAGGUUAGGGAUCAAAACAAGGAACAUAAAGAAACUGCUUCGUAGUCAAGAAAGGAACUUGGACGAGAUUUGAAGCAAUCUUAGUGUGUCAUCUUCCACAAGACCGAGAAGAGCGGACAUGAUCUUUCGUAGGAGCUGUUUUUUUAGAUACCGUAAGAGGUGAAUUUUAUGCCUUAUUUUUGCUUAUUUCUUUCCUAACUUUACCUUUUUACUUCAGUCUAGUGCUUAGUUUAACAUCUGCAGGACAUAAGAACGAUAUAGACUUUAUUCAGUUUCUUAUUCAUUGUUUUUUCUGGGGCCUUCUCGAUAGCUCGAGAUGUUACCUUCCCACCAUUAAUCUUUUAUUCGUUAAAUGACAUACCUUCAUAUGUGGUUC